GGAGCCAUGGGGCCGGGGCACAACUCCGCUGUGCGGGUGGAAUGGAUCGCUGCGGUCUCCUUAGCUGCUGGAGCAGCUGCUGUCGGGUACCUAGCUUACAAAAAAUUUCUCUCUAAAGACAAAUGCUGCAAAGCCAUGGUGAAUCCCCAUAUCCAGAAGGAUAACCCCAAGGUAGUCCAUGCAUUUGACGUGGAAGAUCUGGGAGACAAGGCUGUGUACUGUCGUUGUUGGCGAUCUAAGAAGUUCCCGCUGUGUGAUGGCUCUCACACAAAGCACAACGAGGAAACUGGUGACAACGUUGGGCCACUGAUCAUCAAGAGGAAGGAGGCAUAGAGUGGACAGUAGAAGCUACAGAACGAAUGUCUGACAAACCCUCUGCUCACUUGUGAUUGGGGGAAAAACCACAAAUUCUUUGUCAUGUCACUGAAGACUUUCCCGUAUAGCAUCUACAUAAGGCUUCAGCAUGUGUAUUUUCUCUGGUGCUUGUCUUGUUUUAAUCACUACAGUACAUAACUUACUAAAUAAUCAUGGUUUAAAUUUUUUGUCCUGUAAAGUGUGAGUACCUUCUCAUUGAGUAUGAAACUAAAAUGACACACAGAAUGUACUUCAUCAGAAAAUAGGUAUUACAUUAUUUUCAAAUGCGUGUGUAGUACUCUGAGGCUAUUCAGUAGAAUGUGUGUUCAAAAGGUAGAUCCUAAAAUCCUGGAGAGGUUCUAAAGUCACAGGUCUGGCUAGACUUCUGUGUAAGACAGUGGCAGGAAAGAAGUCACGAUGCCAAGAUGCUGCUUAACCUUUGAUUAUGCUGCAUUUUCUGCAGGUGUCACACUUGGCCUAUUACACUACUGUUGUGUGUGGCUUUUGUAAAAGAACAAAUUCAAAAUUGCUAACUACGGACAGACAACAUAAAAGGCUUAUAGCGAGAUGGGGCUAAAGGGCAGCUUUAGCUUUGAUUUUACAGCAGUGUUGAAACUUGACCCUGCUACUGCAUGUUACCAAGAACAUACUGCCAGAACUGCAGACUGUCUUGAGUAGGAUUAGGAAGAUGGCGUCUGCAAGAGCUUUCUUAAUAGACAAGUGGAAUGAUAGGAAGUGCUCAAAGAGGGAUGGGCAGGGGUGGCAGGGCUGUCUUUGCUGCUAGAAAGCCUUAGUUUCACUUGUGGUCUCUAGCAGUGAAGCUAACUUCCACAGACCACAGGACACAUCUGUGAGGGAGGCUAUGCCAUAUUUAUUCCAGAGGCUAAAAUAACGUAAACCCCACCCAUCAUUACUGUCUGCUUCCUCAAUGCCCUGGCUCGAUCUGGAGGACUCUUCCUGCUGUGAGGGAGGAGGCACACCUUUCUUACUAAGUGGCCUUAGGCUCCACGUGUCUUAAAUAACUCCUGCCUCCCUGGGCUAACCGUUAAUGUGGUUCAGCUAAUUUUACCAAAAGAACGGACACGGAAAAGGAAAGGCUUUAGUGACAGCUAGAAACAAGGGGGAAAGGAAGGAUGAGACAAGGAGAGCUCUUGCUCUCCUUUUGUAUGGCAGUUGUCAGCCUUGUCUGACAUGGUUGCAUUAAUGGCUGUCACGUUGGUUUCCUUCAGUUAAAUAGCUUUGAUUUAUUAACAAGCAAAACCCAAAGAGUGGGGCGGCAGAGGGCAGUUUUGUAUUCAACCCUGUGUAAUUGCAGCCUGUGUAAGAUUGAGCUCUCAAUGUCCUGGGACAGAGAGACUACCUCAGAGCUAGAAAAAGAGCCCUUUAAAGCAGCUGACAUUUCAACCUGGACCCUUAAGGAUUAUUCCAGAUGAUUGGGGCAGUAGAGGUGUUUUUGGUGUUCAUUUGUUUGUUUGGUUUUUUUUUUAAAGAUUGUUGUUGGUAUGACUGGUUAAGAUUGAAGAAAAUGUUUUGCAUAUUCUCAGAGUGGGACUUUCAGCUGACUGGUCUGAACUUUGGCAGAAGGCACAAAAAGUAGAGAAGGGGCACAGAGGUAGAGAAAGAAGGUGUGCAGGUGGAGUGUUAUAGCAGGGGCAGCUACUGUCUCAGAGACAUCUACUUGUAAGAAGUUGCAGUCGAAUAUGCUCAGUUUCUAUCUUUUCUUCCUGUCUUGACUGUAAAGGAACUGAUAUUUUUUACUUGGCCAAGUACUGACGCAUAUGGAAAGUUCUUUUAACCUUAAAUUAUCAAAUACAUUUAUUUUAUCCAAAACAAAGUUAUUUCUGUAUUAUUAGAAUAUGACACUGGAUAUUUCUGUUAUUUUUGUCAAAUACACAUUUGAGCUCAUCUUAAUCUCGAGGUUGUAACGUCUGUGUUAUCUCAUGGUGCGCUGUUUUUUUCAAGGGAGAGUUACACUGUGGUAGUGCUGUACGCCGAUGCUACUGUAAUCAUAAACCUGUGUCUAGGUUGGGUUUUCCUUCUGAGACUUUUUUCCCUGUUAGCAGGAAAGCCUGGCUGCUCUUUAAGGAAUAAAAGUUCACUGAAAACUG